GGAGUUCAGGGCUCGGCUCAGGCCCUGCGGCGCCUCGUUGCCGAAAUUGGGGGCCUAGGGGAAAAGCUGGGAGCUGAGGGACUGGGGCUGGCGCGCUCCUCCCGGCUUGUCUGAAGUUGGGAAACUUUUCCCCAAGUUUGGGGCGGCGGAGUUGCCGUGGAUAUGCGGCCGAGAGGAGCUGGGGAGGAGGAACCGGGCCCGCGAAUGCAGAGCUGAGGCCGAGGCCGAGGCCGGGGCCGGGACGCGGGUGGGGCGCAGGCCGGGGUCAGGGCCUCGGCCGGCUGUGCGCCGUGCCCGCCCGGGGCGCUGCCCCCUCCCUCCCCUGGGAGCUGCGUGGCUCCCCCCUCCCCCCCACCUGCUUCCUGCCUCAGCCUCCUGCCCCGAUAUAACGCCCUCCCCACGCCGGGGCUGGCCUUCAAGCUCUGCCCGCCACGGCAGCCGUUGCCUCCGCUCCCCGCGCCGCUGCCGCCGCCCGGGCCCUAACUGAAGGCCUGACAGCCCCUGGCCAGGGCGGCACAACGGCGGGCAUCACGCUCCCCUCCUUCGGAUCAAUUCCCCCAACUGGGGCAACUUCUCCCGAGGCGGGAGGCGCUUUUUACUCGGCUCCCUUAUAUCCCACAUGAACAAACUUCUCCGCCCUGAAUGACUUUUCCUGAAGCGGACAUUUUCCUCAAAUCGGGAGAUUGUGCUGGGCAGACGAUGCUGGACACAAUGGAGGCGCCGGGCCACUCGAGGCAGCUGCUGCUGCAGCUCAACAACCAGCGCACCAAGGGCUUCUUGUGCGACGUGAUAAUCGUGGUGCAGAACGCCCUCUUCCGCGCGCACAAGAAUGUGCUUGCGGCCAGCAGCGCCUACCUCAAGUCCCUGGUGGUGCAUGACAACCUGCUCAACCUGGAUCAUGACAUGGUGAGCCCGGCCGUAUUCCGCCUGGUGCUGGACUUCAUCUACACCGGUCGCCUGGCUGAUGGAGCAGAGGCAGCGGCGGCGGCAGCUGUGGCUCCGGGGGCCGAGCCGAGCCUGGGCGCAGUGCUGGCCGCCGCCAGCUACCUGCAGAUCCCCGACCUCGUGGCGUUGUGCAAGAAGCGCCUCAAGCGCCACGGCAAGUACUGCCACCUGCGGGGCGGCGGCGGCGGCGGCGGCGGCUAUGCACCCUACGGGCGGCCGGGCCGGGGCCUGCGGGCCGCCACGCCCGUCAUCCAGGCCUGCUACUCUUCCCCAGCCGGGCCUCCGCCGCCGCCCACCGCCGAGCCGCCGUCGGGCCCCGAGGCCGCAGUGAACACGCACUGUGCGGAGCUCUACGCCUCAGGCCCUGGCCCUGCCGCCGCACUCUGCGCUUCGGAGCGACGAUGCUCCCCGCUCUGCGGCCUGGACCUGUCCAAGAAAAGCCCGACGGGCUCCGCGCCUCCGGAGCGACCGCCGGGUGAGCGCGAACUGCCCCCACGCCCAGACAGCCCCCCCGGCGUCGGUCCCGCAGCGUACAAGGAGCCACCGCUCGCCUUGCCGCCGCUGCCGCCGCUGCCCUUCCAGAAGCUGGAGGAGGCCAUACCGCCUCCGGACCCGUUUCGUGGUAGUAGCGGCAGUCCGGGACCCGAGCCCCCCGGCCGCCCCGACGGGCCCAGCCUCCUUUACCGCUGGAUGAAGCACGAGCCAGGCCUGGGCAGCUACGGCGAUGAGCUGGCCCGGGAGCGCGGCUCCCCAGGCGAGCGCUGCGAGGACCGUGGCGGGGACACAGCCGCCUCGCCCGGGGGCCCCCCGCUUGGCCUGGCUCCGCCGCGCUAUCCGGGCAGCCUGGACGGGCCUGGAGCGGGCGGCGACGGCGACGACUACAAGAGCAGUAGCGAGGAGACCGGCAGCAGCGAGGACCCAAGCCCACCCGGCGGUCAUUUGGAGGGCUACCCAUGCCCGCACCUGGCUUAUGGCGAGCCUGAGAGCUUCGGUGACAACCUGUACGUGUGUAUUCCGUGCGGCAAGGGCUUUCCCAGCUCGGAGCAGCUGAAUGCGCACGUGGAGGCUCACGUGGAGGAGGAGGAGGCGCUGUAUGGCAGGGCCGAGGCGGCUGAGGUAGCUGCCGGGGCUGCAGGCCUGGGGCCCCCUUUUGGGAGCGGUGGGGACAAGGUCUCUGGGGCUCCGGGCGGCCUGGGAGAGCUGCUGAGGCCGUACCGUUGCGCGUCGUGCGACAAGAGCUACAAGGACCCGGCCACGCUGCGGCAGCACGAGAAGACGCACUGGCUGACCCGGCCCUAUCCAUGCACCAUCUGUGGGAAGAAGUUUACGCAGCGUGGGACUAUGACGCGCCACAUGCGCAGCCAUCUGGGUCUCAAGCCCUUCGCUUGCGACGCGUGCGGCAUGCGCUUCACGCGCCAGUAUCGCCUCACCGAGCACAUGCGCAUCCACUCGGGCGAGAAGCCCUACGAGUGCCAGGUGUGUGGCGGCAAGUUCGCACAGCAACGCAACCUCAUCAGCCACAUGAAGAUGCACGCCGUGGGUGGCGCGGCCGGCGCAGCGGGGGCGCUGGCCGGCCUUGGGGGGCUGCCCGGCGUUGCCGGCCCCGACGGCAAGGGCAAACUCGACUUUCCCGAGGGCGUCUUUGCUGUGGCCCGCCUCACAGCUGAACAGCUGAGCCUGAAGCAGCAGGACAAGGCGGCCGCGGCCGAGCUGCUGGCGCAGACCACGCACUUCCUGCACGACCCCAAGGUGGCGCUCGAGAGCCUCUACCCGCUGGCUAAGUUCACUGCGGAGCUGGGCCUCAGCCCGGACAAGGCGGCGGAGGUGCUGAGCCAGGGCGCGCACCUGGCCGCCGGGCCGGACGGCCGGACGAUCGACCGUUUCUCCCCCACCUAGAGCGCCUCUUGGCAGCCAGCCUCGUCGCCGACGCGUGGCCCCAGCCCGCUCCACCAGGGAGGGGCGGCGGCGGCGGCAGCGAGCAGGCACACAGCGCCCAGACAACUAGCAGCAGCGGCGGCGGCUCCACCACUCUGCGGCCUCACCUGGCCUCACUGCUUUGUGCCUUAGCCCGGGGGUGGGGGUAGGGGUAAAACCCCGGGACGGGGGUGGGAUGGGGGAAGGGAGAUUUAUAUUUUUGAUAUCAGCUUUGACCAAAGGAGACCCCCGGCCCUUCUCCGCCUCUUCCUGUGGUUCGUUGGCCCCCUCCCCGGCUCCGUGCUGCUCUUGGGGGGAGGGGUGUCACUGAUGGGGCACUCCCAGCCCUACCUCCGGCCCUUGCGACCACACCCAUUCUCACUGUGAAUCUCCCUGCUGGGGUCGGAGCUUUGGGCAGAGUUAGGGAGCAGGGAGGGGACUGAGCCGGCCGGAGGGCCCCUUCCCCUGCUCCUGCCCGCCCGGGACUGAUAAUGUGAAGUUCCUCAUUUUGCACAAGUGGCACUAGCCCCAGGGCUAACCCUUCCCUCCCUCUGGAGUCUGAGGGCUGAGAGUCCUGGCCUACAGGUCUCCCACUCCCGCCGUGUCCCCGCUCCCUUCCCUGGGGUCCCCCGGACCAUAUUUAUUGCAUGCGCCCCGGGUGGCCCCCCACCCCGAGCCCAGGCUAGGCUGGGCUGGAACGUGGUCUCUUUAGCUCCCUUCUCGUUUGUAUAUUUCCUUCCUUGUACACAGGCUCUUCCAGAGCCGCUUCCAUUUUCUAUAGCCUAUCCAAACAGCAAUAAAGCAGUAACCAAGGA